AAAUUACCCCAUCUUUCCAUUCCCCACCCCCCCUCUCUCUCUCUCUCUAAAACACUCUGUUUUCUCUCUUAUUGAAACUCUAGUUUUCACAGAAACACACAGGUGAAGAAACAGAGAGCUACAAAAAAUGGGGAAAUACAUGAGAAAAGCUAAAAUGACAACCGACGUUGCAGUGAUGGAGGUCUCACAGUCCUCUCUCGGCGUUCGAACCAGAGCCAAAACCCUAGCUUUGCAGAGACUCCAAUCGACCACCACACCACCACCGAACCCAGAAUCGUCCUAUCUUGAGCUCCGAAGUCGAAGGCUCGAGAAGCCUCCGUUGAUCAACAAGACCACCGACAAGAACCAACGGCAACAAUCGGCGCAGGAGAGUUGGAAAGAGAACCCUAAAUCUGAUUAUCUCUCGAAGCCUCGGGUGAGCUCGAGGUUGAGGCUGAGUUCGGUGAACUCGGGUUCUGUUGGGUCGGUCUCGGUUACUUGUUCCAAGAAGGAAGAUGGGUUUUGCAAAGAACAUGAGACAGAGGAAAACAAUGAUUGGGGAAUUGAGGCUUCAUUUGGAGAGAACAAUUUGGACUUUGAAGGCAGAGAGAGGAGCACCAGGGAAAGCACGCCUUGUAGCUUGAUGAGGGAUUCUGACACCAUUGGUACGCCCGGUUCUACUACGAGGCCGAAAAGUUCGAGUACAGUCAAUCGUAGAAAUCGGGAUGCUUUACAGAGAAACAUCCCAACAACACGAGAGAUAGAGGAUUUCUUCGCCUUUGCAGAGCAGCAGCAUCAGAGACUUUUUUCUGAAAAGUACAACUUUGAUUUCGUGAAUGAUUCGCCCCUCCCUGGACGUUACGAAUGGGUGAGAGUGGAUCUAUAAGCAGUAUUUGCAUUGUUGUGAGUUUCUUAUUCACCGAUCUCAAAAGUCGAGGAUUUUGAAGCUCGGUAAGUGGGACUAGCGAGCAUCGCUCAUUUCCACCAACCUCUAUUGAUCCAUGUAAAAAGAAACAGGAGUUGCCAAAGAUGUGUAAUCUAAUGAUCUGUAACAUAACAGAGCCAAAGUAUUACACACUAACCCAUUAAUAGGAGAUUGGGGGAAAAGUAUAAUAUUUAGGGCUAUGAUGGUUUCAUCAAUGUAAUUUGGCAGUGAUAAAUUGAAUCCCUUGAUUUCCUUUUCCUGUGCUUACUGAAAAUUUCUUUCUUGUCCAUAUUUGUAGAAAUUGAACUUUGUAUCCUCCUCUAGCAAAGGUGACUUCUCUGUUUUCUUGUGUUCGUCUCUUCCUGUGUUUUUGCAUUUAUUGCGAUGAAGAAAUGGAAAUGGAACAUUUAUUUCCUUGCUUUGUGUUGA